CGAAAAGCGCGCCCACUGUAAACUUGCAAUUAACGAAUGAGACCCACGCCUUGCUCCCACGCAACGCAUACACACCCACCACCGCCCCCCCAGAGUGUUGUUUCCUCAGUCUCCGAAGACAACCAAAGCCGUUCCAGAGCCCGCUCAAGACAAUGCCAAUGCUAAUGUCACCGUCCUGAAAAACCCGAUCAUACCGUCAUCAACCCACCGAAUAAACCGAAUUACACGAGAGAAACGAAGCAAAAAUGUCCAAAGCAAGUAAGCGUGGGAAGUUCGCCGAACUGCGCGCUCUGCGUCAGUCUGGCAAGAAGAACUUUGACACGUACGAGGUCGAAGACGCCGCAGAUCUUUACGAAGAAGUCGACGAGAACCAGUACAAGAAGAUUGUUCGAGACCGCCUCAACGAAGACGACUUUGUUGUAGAUGACAACGGCGAGGGAUAUGCCGAUGAUGGUCGUGAGGAGUGGGACCGCGUGCAAACGUACGAUUCCGAAAGUGAUGGCGCUCUGCCAGUUCGGGGCAAGGACCGCAAAUCCAAGAAACAGCGGGAUGAAGAGCAGUCAAAACGAGACGCCAAUGACCGGAACAUCUCCGAAUACUUUACAAAAGGGGCUUCCAAGCCACAGCCCAAGCCAAAGGUCAUCAAGACCGAAGAUGACGAAAAGUUUCUGGAGGAUCUCCUCGGCGAAGUCGAUGCGAACGUUCCGGUACCCGCUCCGAGGGUGACGAAGAAGCGAGACCGGUCGGCCGAGAGGAGGAGAAACCGCGCUCUCUCUCCGGCACGAGAACCGCGCCAUCCAGCCGCCAAAAAGGCCAAGAUGCUUGACGGUAGUGCAUCCUCCCCCGUGGCAAGCGAUGUUGCCAUGAUCGAAGACGAUUUUGUGCCACCCGCGGAAGAAGAUGAACUCCCUGUACCUCUCGACGUGGUCAUGAGCGACCCUGCACCCUCAUCCCCUGCAGCAAAGGUUGCUGAGCGGCGGACACAGCCCAAGGCGGACACCAACGACUAUGACGACUUUGACGACGACGACGACGACGACGAUGACGACAUGAUGGAAGUUGGCCGUACAGGUGCUGUUGCUGCCGCAAGCGUCAACUUGUCCGCCUCGCGGCAGAUCAAGAAGAUCAUCAAACCCGACCCUACGCCAGUGAGCUCGUCACCCGCCAAGGCACCUGAGACUGCCGUUGACGCAUCCUCGUGGAAUGGUAUCAACGACAAGCUCAACGUCGUAAGCAGCUCGCAACCAGAGGCCAGGAGUAUGGGGAAGAUCGAUUACAAGGACGCCAUCGAGACGGAUGGCAGUCUGAACAUGUUCUGGACCGAUUACACCGAGGUGCAUGGCAGCCUGUGUCUCUUUGGCAAGGUUCUGAACAAAAAGACCGGUCACCAUGUCAGCUGCUUCGUCAAGGUCGACAACAUACUCCGCAAGCUCUACUUUUUGCCGCGCAAGCAUCGGGUGGAGCGCGGUGUUGAAACCACAGAGCAGGUUGAUAUGAUGGAUGUCUACAACGAAGUUGACGGAAUCAUGACCAAGAUGAACGUCAACAUGCACAAGAUCAAGGCCACCACCCGGAAAUAUGCCUUCGAACUCCCUGAGAUCCCCAGCAAGGCCCAGUACAUGAAGCUGCUCUACCCCUACACCAAGCCCGCCAUUGAGCUCGGCACGAAGGGGGAGACCUUCUCGCACGUUUUUGGCACCAACACCCCUCUUUUUGAACAAUUCGUACUCUGGAAAGACAUCAUGGGUCCGUGCUGGUUGCGGAUCAAAGAUGCCGACUUUGGGGCAUUGAAGAAUGCCUCUCACUGCCGACUCGAAGUCCUUGUCGACAAUCCGGAGAUGGUGGCACCGAUGAAUGAUAACGAAGCCCUCGAAAUGCCGCCGCUGACCAUGAUGAGCAUCGCCAUGCGCACCAUGUUCAAUGCGAAGGCCAACAAGCAGGAGAUUUUGGCCAUCAGCGCCAGGAUCUACGAGGAUGUCUCGCUCAGUGACACAACUCCGGCCGACAAGCUGCCCUGUCGGACCUUCACCCUUGUGCGGCCACAAGCGACUGCCUUUCCUCUUGGCUUUGAGAAACUGGCCAAGGAGAGGAAACGAGGUCUGAUCAAGCUGAUGAAGCAGGAGUCAGAUAUCCUGUCGUUCUUCCUGGCCCAGGUUGAUCUCGUUGAUCCGGACGUCAUUCUCGGCCAUCAACUUGAGGGUGUAGACUACAGCAUUCUGCUGAACCGUCUCUACGAGAAAAAGACACACCAGUGGUCUCGCCUCGGGAGAUUGAGGCGGUCCGCAUGGCCAUCCUCCAUUGGCAAAGUUGGUGGCAAUGUUUUUGCGGAGCGCCAGAUUAUGGCUGGCCGUCUUCUAUGCGAUCUCGCCAACGAGGCUGGAAAAUCCGUCAUGUAUCAGUGCCAGUCCUGGAGUCUAACGGAAAUGUGCACUCGCUACCUUGGGGAAAAUAACCACAGGCGGGACGUCGACAACGAGUCGGCUCUCAAAACCUGGGCUGUCUCCAAGGACGGUCUGAUGGACUAUCUGUCGCACGCCGAGGCCGACACCUACUUCAUCUCUGCCCUGGCUUUCAGGACUCAGAUUCUUCCGCUCACUAAAAUCCUUACCAAUCUCGCAGGCAACUCGUGGGCGCGAACCCUCACAGGUACCCGUGCUGAACGAAACGAGUACAUUUUGCUCCACGAAUUCCAUCGAAAUUCGUAUAUCUGCCCAGACAAGCAACCCUUCAAGGGGCGAGCGCGCCCCGACGAAGAGGAGGAGGAUGGUGGCGAGAGCAAGAAGAAGGACAAGUACAAAGGUGGUCUCGUGUUCGAGCCCGAAAAGGGUCUCUAUGACAAGUUUGUUCUCGUCAUGGACUUCAACUCCCUUUAUCCCUCCAUCAUCCAGGAGUACAAUAUCUGCUUCACCACUGUCGAUCGGUCAUUCGUGUCGGAUGAUGAAGAUGGAGUGCCUCGAGUCCCGGAGGACAAGAAACCGGGGGUCCUCCCGCGGCUCAUUUCCGAGCUCGUCAGCCGUCGUAAAUCAGUCAAGAGCCUAAUGAAGGACAAGUCUACCACCCCAGAGCAACUUGCAACUUACGACAUCAAGCAACUCGCCCUGAAGCUGACAGCCAAUUCCAUGUACGGCUGUUUGGGGUAUACCAAGUCUCGCUUCUACGCCAGACCCCUUGCCAUGCUCACCACCUUCAAGGGCCGCGAAAUUCUUCGCAGCACCAAGGACUUGGCCGAGAGCAUGUCGCUGCAGGUCAUCUACGGUGACACUGACUCGGUCAUGAUCAAUGCCAAUGUGGACAACGUAGCCGACGCGUUCAAGGUCGGUCGGGAGUUCAAGGUUCAGGUCAACAAGCGGUACAGGCGGCUCGAGAUCGACAUCGACAAUGUCUUCCGCCGCAUCCUCCUCCAGGCCAAGAAGAAGUACGCUGCCAUCAACCUAGUCGAGGUCGACGGCAAGUUUGUCGAGCAGAUGGAGGUCAAGGGUCUCGAUAUGAGGCGCCGCGAGUAUUGCCCCUUGUCAAGGGACAUUUCGAAACGCAUCCUGGAUGAGAUUCUUUCAGGCGAUGACAUCGAAUUAUCCAUCCAGCGCAUCCACGAACACUUGCGUGACAUCUCGACCAAGAUGCGCGAGCAGGUCAUCCCGCCAUCCAAGUACAUCAUCCUGACUCAGCUCGGCAAGGCCCCCAAGGAGUACCCCAACGCGGACAGCAUGCCCCAGGUCCAAGUCGCCCUCCGCGAGCUCGCGCGCGGCAAGACGAUGCGCAAAGGCGAUGUCGUCUCGUACAUCAUCACAGGCGACAGCAAGACCACCUCCGAGCCCGCUCCGAAGCGCGCCUACACGCCACAAGACGUGCUCAAGGCCGACUCGGGCCUGACCCCCGACGUGGAGUGGUACCUGGGCAAGCAGAUCUUCCCGCCCGUCGAGCGCCUCUGCGCGAACAUCGUCGGCACCUCGACCGCCCAGCUGGCCGACAACCUCGGCCUCGACGUCCGGCGCUACGCCAACAACAACACCAACAACUCCUCCAGCGGCAACCCCGACGUCGAGAUCCACCCGCUCGAAUCCCAAAUCCCCGACGCGACCCGCUUCCAAGACUGCGCGCGCCUCACGCUGCGCUGCCGCGCAUGCAAAACAACCGCGCCCUUCGAAGGUCUACUCGGCUCGACCGAGCGGAUAACCCCCUCGGGCGUCUCCUGCCCGCAGUGCGGGGCCAUCCUCUCGACGCUCUCCAUCGUCGCGCAGGUCGAGACGGCCGCGCGGGCGCAGACGGCGCGGUACUACGAAGGGUGGCUGGCGUGCGACGACGCCGGGUGCGGCAGCCGCACGCGGCAGAUCAGCGUGGCGGGGGCGCGCUGCCUGGGCCCGCGCGGGCUCGCCCGCGACUGCCAGGGCCGCAUGCGCUACGAGAUGGGCGAGAAGGCCGUCUACAACCAGCUGCUGUACUUUGCCUCGCUGUGGGAUGUUGAUCGUGCCAAGGAGAAGGCGGCCGCUGCCGCGCCGGGCGAGGGCGGUGAGAGUGGUGUCCCCGCUGGGGAGGCGCGGGAUAAGGUGCUGGCGUUGGCGGAGCAUAAUAGGACGCGGUUUGGGACGGUGAAGGGCGCGGUGGAUAAGUAUUUGGAAAAGUGUGGGCGGCAGUGGGUGGCGAUGGAUACGCUGUUUUCAAAGCUGGGGUUCACGGCUUAG